AUGAAGUGGCUCCAGCUGGUACCAUGGGUUGCCGCCGCCCUCGCCGCCUCGGUCAGCGCAGAUGACCAGGGCAUCGGCGGCGCAGGCGGAAGCGGCCCCGGAUUCGAGACCGUGCCGAGGGUCCCCUUCAACGGCAACGACUCGCUCCCCUACUCGCCCCCCUUUUACCCGACUCCGCAGACCCAGGGCACCACGCAGAAGUGGAAGGACGCCAUCGGCAAGGCCCGCGAGUACCUCCAGCAGUUCAACCAGACCGAAAAGGUCAUGCUCACCACCGGCACCGGCUGGAGCCGCGGCCCCUGCGUAGGCAACAUUGCCGCCAUCCCCCGCGUCGGCUUCCCAGGCCUCUGCCUCAUGGACGGACCCGCUGGUGUCCGAGGCACCGACCGCAUCACGUCGUUCCCCGACGGCGUCACCGUGGCCGCCACCUUCAGCAAGGACCUCUUCUACCGCCGCGCGCACGCCAUGGGAGAAGAGUUCAAGACCAAGGGUGCCAACAUCUGGCUCGGCCCUAUGAACAACAUUGCCCGCACCCCAGAGGGCGGCAGGAACUGGGAGGGCUUCGGCGCCGACCCCUACCUCAGUGGAGAGGCGGCCCACUACUCGGUCCUCGGUAUGCAGGAUGCAGGCGUCCAGGCCAAUAUCAAGCACUACAUCGGCAACGAGCAGGAGCACUUCCGUAACGAAGGCAGCACCAACAUCGAUGGCCGCACCGAGAGGGAGAUCUACCUCCAUCCCUUCCUGCGUGGCGUACAGGCUGGCGCCAGUUCAGCAAUGUGCUCUUAUAACCUCCUUCAAAAUAGCUGGGCUUGUCAAAACUCGGAGAUGCUCAACAACCGCCUCAAGACGGAGCUCGGAUUUUCGGGAUACGUGCUGUCAGAUUGGGGCGCGCAGCACGCGGGUGUUGCGUCGGCCAAUGCGGGCCUCGAUAUGACGAUGCCCGGAGAUGUGACGUGCUGCACCAAGCAGACGGGCUCGCUUUGGGGCGGCAAUUUGACGACGGCCAUCAACAACGGCUCGGUCGCCGAGACGCGCCUCGACGAUAUGGCCACGCGCAUCCUCGCCGGCUGGUACUACGUCGGACAGGACAAGGGCUACCCCAAGCCCAACUUUGACUUCUUCAACCAGCGCGACCCCACCGUCAACGGCUUUGUCGACGCGACAAAGGACCACUGGAAGGUGGCGCGCGAGGUGGCCGCGGCGGGCACCGUGGUGCUCAAGAACAAGCGACACGCGCUGCCCCUCUGCAAGCCCGACCGCCUUGCCAUUAUCGGCAGCGACGCCGGCCCGCUGUACCAGGGUGCCAACUACUGGUCCGACCGAGGCGGCUGGCCCUACGGCACCCUCGGCCAGGGCUGGGGCUCGGGCGCCAACGAGUACUCGUACUUCUUCUCGCCCUAUGAGGCUCUGCAGGCGCGCGCCCGCCAGGACCGCACCGACUUCCAGUGGAACUUUGACGACUACAACUACGAGCAGACCGAGAAGAUUGUGACCAACGUCACCGCCGCCAUCGUCUUUGUCAGCGCCCUCAGCGGCGAGGGCUACAUCACCGUCGACAACAACGAGGGCGACCGCAACAACCUGACGGUGUGGAACAACGGCGAGGAGCUCAUCAAGAGGGUGGCCGCCAACAACAACAACACCAUCGUCGUCGUCCACUCGGUCGGCCAGGUCGACUACGAGAGCUUCGCCGACCACCCCAACGUCACCGCCAUCGUCCUCGCCAACCUGCCAGGCAGCGAGAGCGGUCCCGCCCUGGCCUCGGUCCUGUACGGCGAGGUCAACCCGAGCGGCCGCCUGCCCUACACCAUUGGCCGCAACCGCACCGACUAUGGCACCGACGUCCUCUACUACAACGACACCGUCACCCCGCAGAUCAACUAUACCGAGGCGCUCCACGUCGACUACCGUCACUUUGACGCCAAGGGCAUCGAGCCGCGCUGGGAGUUCGGAUUCGGCCUGUCGUACACCACGUUCGACUACUCGGGCAUCUGGUGGCAGCAGGUCGGCCAGGCCGACAACAGCUGGUGGGGCGACAAGACGGCCGCCGACGGCCUGCCCGAGUGGCUGUUUGAGCCCCUCUACGAGGUGAGCUUCUCGCUCACCAACACGGGCGAGCGCGACGGCCACGAGGCGUGGCAGGCGUACCUCUCGUUCCCCAAGUCGGCCGGCGAGCCGCCCAAGGUGCUGCGCGCCUUUGACCGCACCGAGCUCAAGGUGGGCGAGACCAAGGAGGUCAGCUUCAAGCUGAGCCACUACGACCUGUCCACCUGGUCCAACAAGCAGCACCGGUGGGUGCGCCCCGAGGGCAAGAUCAAGGUCCUCGUCGGCGCCUCGUCGCGCGACAUCCGCCAGGCCGUCGUGCUCCACUAG